ACCCAAUUCAAAUAUCAAACCAUCUUUCCAAAUACACUACUAUCCCUUUGAUAUUCUCUCUAGGGUUUGGAAAUGGGUUCAAAGGCCUAUGCAUCCACAGCCCUUCUCCUUUCUGUCAACCUUCUAUUCUUCUCUUUGGUCACAUCCACAUAUAUUCCAUGCCCACCUGUGAAACCUAAGCCCACUCCAAAGCCUUACAAGCCCCCCACCAAGUACCCACCUGCCUACCCUACCUGCCCAAGAGAUACACUGAAGCUUGGUGUAUGUGCUGAUGUGCUAGGGUUGGUGAAUGUGGUUGUUGGCUCUCCACCAACACUCCCUUGUUGCAGUCUCCUUGAAGGCCUAGUUGACCUUGAAGCAGCUGUCUGUCUUUGCACUGCCAUUAAAGCCAAUAUCUUGGGCAUAAACCUCAAUGUCCCAGUCUCCCUAACCUUGCUUUUGAACACUUGUGGGAAGAAGUGCCCAUCUGGUUUCCAAUGUGCCUAAGGCCUCUCUCUCUCUCUCUCUCUCUCUCUCUGGUAUCUGGUUUGUUGUGUUAUG